ACGUGGGACCAUGGUGGGAGCCACAUAGGAAGCUAAUUGGUGUUGAAGAGCCCCAUUCCUAUUAUAAAACUAGCACUUCCCUUUGGCCUCUUUUUCAUCUCUUCUGAAGAUUCUUUUUGCCAGACUGACUGUGUUGGAAGAGGAAAAAGAGAAAGAUGGAUUAUGUAUAUGGACCUGGAAGAAACCACCUGUUUGUUCCCGGGCCUGUGAAUAUCCCGGAACAGGUUCUUCGGGCAAUGAACAGGAACAACGAGGAUUAUCGCUCUCCAGCCAUCCCUGCUUUGACCAAAACUCUUCUUGAAGAUGUUAAGAAGAUCUUCAAAACCACUUCAGGAACUCCGUUUCUUUUCCCUACAACAGGAACUGGUGCGUGGGAAAGUGCACUUACAAACACAUUAUCACCUGGGGAUAGAACCGUGUCUUUCCUAAUUGGUCAGUUCAGUUUACUCUGGAUUGACCAGCAACAGAGGCUCAACUUCAAUGUCGAUGUUGUCGAGAGCGAUUGGGGACAGGGUGCAAACCUCGAGAUCUUGGCAGCAAAGCUGGCCGAAGAUACUUCUCAUACAAUCAAAGCCAUCUGCAUUGUUCACAACGAAACCGCAACUGGAGUAACCAACAACCUUGCCACUGUUAGAAAACUUCUUGAUUAUUAUCAGCAUCCGGCUCUGUUUCUUGUGGAUGGAGUAUCGUCGAUUUGUGCACUGGAUUUCCGCAUGGAUGAAUGGGGAGUGGAUGUGGCCUUAACAGGUUCACAGAAAGCACUUUCACUUCCAACAGGAUUGGGGAUUGUCUGUGCCAGCCCCAAAGCAUUGGAGGCUUCAAAAACAGCUAAAUCCGUCAGGGUUUUCUUCGACUGGAAAGAUUACUUGAAGUUCUACAAGCUUGGGACUUAUUGGCCUUACACUCCUUCCAUCCAGCUUUUAUAUGGACUGAGGGCAGCAUUGGACUUAAUCUUUGAAGAAGGACUUGAUAACAUCAUUGCUAGGCACAACCGCUUAGGAACAGCAACCAGGCUGGCGGUUGACGCAUGGGGGUUGAAGAAUUGUACACAGAAAGAGGAAUGGUUUAGCGACACUGUUACGGCGGUGGUGAUUCCUCCGAAUAUUGACAGCAGUGAAAUUGUGAAGAGGGGAUGGAAGAGGUACAAUUUGAGCUUAGGGCUGGGACUGAACAAAGUUGCUGGAAAAGUUUUCAGAAUAGGGCAUCUUGGAAAUCUUAAUGAGCUGCAAUUGUUGGGUUGUUUAGCUGGAGUGGAGAUGGUGCUUAAAGAUGUUGGAUAUCCAGUGAAGCUUGGUAGUGGAGUUGCAGCUGCUUCUGCUUACCUACAAAACACUACUCCACUUAUAACUUCCAGGAUCUGAGUUUCCUACAAAAUAUAUAAAUAUCAUAUCAAAUCAAAUUAAAUACCUCUCUCGUGGGUAUUUUCUUCUUUCAUGUCAUCUGUCCCUGUAAAAAAAACUCUUUAUUUUAAACAUGCAUUAAUAUUUUCGUUAAUGGGUCUAUAUGUAUCUUAAUUAAACACUUCAAAGUUAAAGUCUUUAUGUUUUUAAUUGCA